GCCGUCUUUGCAGUACUUAAAGGCUUGUGUGCGCUACUUUCCGUGUGAUGCAAUACUGAGUGGAAGAAAGCCGCGAAAGCGUUAAAUUAAGCAAAAUGCCUGCAGAUAUGUCUUCAGAUAAAAUUAUUUAUUUUGCAGCUGGUCCAGCCAAAGUGCCGAAAGAAGUGCUUCAACAGGCUCACGAAGAAUUUCUGAACUACAACAACUCUGGCAUAAGUGUAGUAGAACUGACGCACAGAGGAGCUGAUUACGAAAAAAUUAAUGAUGAAGCCGAAGCUGCUCUGCGAGAGAUUUACGACAUACCUCCCAAUUACAAAGUUCUCUUUCUACAAGGAGGAGGUACUGGUCAGUUUUCUGCAGUUCCUCUGAAUCUGUGCUCAUCCCCCGAUGACGUCGUGGAUUACGUCAUUACUGGCACGUGGUCAUCUAAAGCUGCUUUAGAAGCUGAAAAAUAUUGCAAAAUCAACAGGGUUUUGCCGAAAACAAAUGUCUAUACAGGCAUUCCUGAUCAAUCAGAAUGGAAGCUGAGCAACAAUGCAAAAUACGUUUAUUACUGUUCAAACGAAACCAUACAUGGUAUUGAAUUCGAUUUCAUACCGGAAACAAAUGGUGUGCCUUUAGUGUGUGAUAUGUCUUCAGAUAUUUUAACAAGACCUCUUGAUAUUUCAAAAUUUGGUGUUAUAUUUGCUGGUGCGCAAAAGAAUGCCGGAAUACCUGGUGUUGCCAUUGUUAUUGUGAGAGAGGACCUUCUUGGAAAAGGGAUGUCUGUAUGUCCUACGGUUAUGGAUUACAAGAUAAAUGCAUCAAACAAAUCCUUAUAUAAUACGCCUCCAACAUUUAGCGUAUAUAUUCUUAGUCUGGUGUUUAAAUGGAUGCUGGCAAACGGUGGCAUUUCUGCCAUGGACAGAAAUAGUGCCAUUAAAUCUGGCCUCGUCUAUGAAGUACUCGACUCCUCUGAGGGAUUUUAUCAUUCUGUGAUAAGAAAAGAGAAUAGAAGUCGCAUGAACAUCCCCUUCAGGAUCGGAGGUCCCAGUGGCGUCGAUGAACUGGAGAGGAAGUUCCUCAAUGAGGCAAAAGCUCGUAACAUGCUUGGUCUGAAAGGACACGGAUCUGUUGGUGGCAUUCGGAUUUCACUCUUUAACGCUAUCACUCUGGAACAUACUGAAAAAUUGGUUGAAUUCUUGAAAGAAUUUCAAGCGAAGAAUAAAUAGAUUUCUUGAAACAUUGGAAGAGAAACAAUUUUUAAAAAUUCCAUUUGAAUGUUAAUGCUAUACAUUUUAGAACUAUUCUUGCUCAAUUUUUGAUUCAUCUGUGCAAAGCAAGAAAUCAAUUUAAGCAACGAAAAUCUUAUUGGAAAAUCUUCAUACUAAUUAAAAUCUUAUUUAAAUAUUACUAUGUUUGAAAAAAUUAUUUCAGUUUUUAUUGCUAAUAUAUGAUCUACUUUUGCUUGAGCUUUUCAUUAUCUGCUCAGUUAAUAAAUCAAUCAAUAAAUCCUCAAUAUAUAAUGAAUAUCUUGAUGAAUGGCCUUUACGAAUUUCAUGCUACGAUUAAUACACACAGCUAUUUUUUUAUUAACUAUUAUAACCGUUCUUUGACAGACUUUUCCUUAAUAGAAGCAACGCGAAAUUUUUUUUUAUAAAUUAUAAAACUAAACAAUCGGCGAUUAUUUUUUACUAAGUUGUUGAUUAAUCUAAUCAAAUUGAAGCAGCCAGCGAAAUCUAUGAAAUUAUUUGCUGAAUAGUACUUCGUGAUUUCAUUAGAGUUAUGAGUUUUUUACAGCAAUUCUUAUUAAAAUAAUUUAUUAAGAGGGCGAAACAGAAAAGAUAAGUGAAGUCUAAUAAAUACAGAUUUACUUAUAGCAGGCGACAUUUAGCUUUGUAUAUUUUAUAACAUUUCUAGUUCAAGCAUUCUAAUUAACAGUUCAAAGCAAAAGUAAGAAAGGCGAUAAAUUUCAUAUUCUUAUCCCUACUUUUUAUUAAACUGAACAAGAAAAGGGCAACAACAACUAAACUCUUUGGAAUAUAGUUAUUUAUGAAUUUCUUUUAUGGAUUAGUGGUAAAUUUUUACAACUAUUUAUAUUUGCGUUUUCUUUUAAUAAAAAAAAAUCAGCGGAACUUCAUUGAUUUAAUAUCAAGGGGAUCAUAAACAAAAUUCAAUUUAUCCAAAUAUUUGAAUUAAGAAAAAAAAUGGUAUGAAUCUAAAAAUGUGCACAUCAAAAAAAAAAAAAAUAACAAUGAAAAUUUGCUUCUAAUGUUUAACAAUUUUGAUAAGAAAUAUUUUUUUAAAUAAUUUGUAACUAACUUUAAUAAAUAAUAAACAUAAUUUAUAAAUAAUUUGUAACAAACUUUAGUAAAUAAAUAAUAAGCAUGAUUUAUAAAUAAUUUGUAACUAACUUUAAUAAAUAAUUAAUAAACAUAAUUUAUAAAUAAUUGGUAACUAACUUUAAUAAAUAAAUAAUAAACAUAAUUUUAAGAAUAAAACGAAACCUGAUCAAAACAAAAACAAAAACAACAACUAAGAUUUUUGAUUUAAAUUGGUUCAAAUUCUAUUCGAUUUGGCGCAUUUCGAAUUAAAGUUAAUAAUUUAACAUUGCGCUAUUAAGUAAUGCAAGGAAUCGGAGAAAAACGCAAAUUACCGAUCAGUUUGUUUUAAAAACGUUCAAGUCUCUUAGUCAAGUCACUAAUGUUAGUUCUAUGAACAUUAAUUAAGAAAUUUAAACCAGAAUUUAAAAAAAAAAUAAUUUUUAGAACAAUUGUUUUCCUAAUCUUUUGUUAAUUCGAACAUUUAUUGUUACUCUUAAUAGUUCUUUAACAACUAUAACAAAAUUAAUUCGUCUCCUUACUUUAAUGGCUUCCAUCAUUGUUUAAUGUUUAAUUUUAAUACCUGAGCUGAUUAUAAAAUCUUU